AUGCCAGCCUCAAAGAAACGCAUUCAGAACCGCGGUACGCUUAAUGUAGGCACGCAACAAGUACCGGCAGCUCUGAAAGACUGGGUACAUAUCUGGCACGGUGUCAAGGUGAAUAAUGGAUUGGAAAACACGUCCAUUUUUCACGCUGGUUCCCGCAUCGAGGAGAUGCCGUUUUGGAAACAAUUCAUUCGAUUGCCGUCCAAUUCGCUUUUUCCAAGGGUGUUUACAAGCUUCAAUCCACGAAAACCGUACAAGGAUUUUCUAUAUGUGCUAUUGAAUAUGCGUUGGCCCAUGCUACUGAUGGUGCUACUGGCCAUUUUCAUGGCUAAUAUUUUCUUCUUUGCAGUCGUCACGUGCUUUAUCUGUGGAGAACCGACACAUUUUUUUGAGGCUUUUAACUUGAGUUAUCAGACCUUUACAACCAUUGGAUUCGGUGUAGUAUAUCCCACGAAGACGUGUGGAAAUAUGACCAUGUCAGUCGAGUCGUUUGCAUCCAUGAUGGUCGUUUCGGCUCUCACGGGUCUCGUGUUUGCCAAGUUUGCCAAGCCACAAGCGAAAGUCGCUUUCAGCAAAGUUUGUGUGGUGCAGCCCUACGGUAAGAAAUACUUGGCACUCGUCGUGCGAGUAGCGAAUGCCACACAGUCACGAGAUGUGACGCACGACGUUAUCAUGGAGGCUGCAUUCAAGGUUAAUUUGCUGCGUGUUGAGCACAAGACGAAGCAAGUUCGUGCUCAUGAAGAUGAAGUCACGCUAGAACGGAGACGUUCUCAGCCGAUUCAUCAUACACCUAUGACAUCGAACGGUGACAACGCGGUGAACGAUCCCGCUUGCUCAACAAAAGUAUUAACAUCGUACAACCUCAAGCUACUGCACUAUAAUUUCAUCACAUUUCGCAUGGGCGUGGCCGUAGUGCACCUGAUUGAUGAGAGCAGCCCGUUGUACGGGAUGUCGGAAUCCGACAUCGCCCAGUCUGAUAUGCUUGUCGAGGUCGCUAUGACUGGCGUCGACUCCACACUGCAGGACACAGUUUCCGAGCGAUACAUUUAUACAGCAGCAAAUCUGAUGUGGGGGUAUCGUUUUGCAGAGCUGAUCGAGUUCAACGAACGAAAUGCCGAAGUCAUCAUGAACUUUGUAAAAUUAAGCACAGUGGAUCCUGCCCCAAUCGAUAAUGCUCGUUAUCUCGAGUCAAUUCUCUCAAAGAGUGUACCUCAUGUCAGCCCCAGGGCUGAAGACAUCGGAUGUACACACGAUGUGGCCCACCGGCGCUCACAUCAGAAGUUAAGAUUGUCUCCUGACCAAGAAGACAAAUAUCUUUAUCAUGCUGAACCCACCCGUGAAGCUCUAUCGGAGGAUUCCGAACAAGUCAGGCUUAGUUCGAGAUCCGUAUCUUGGGACGGGCAAUCGUCUGCUUCGGACAAUGAUGCACCGGCGUUUCUUCACCCCCUUGUUUCAUUCUUGCAGAAGACUGGGCCGCAAAAGUUUGCCAUGGAACUUGAGCCACUAUUUGAACCAUUGCUACAGCAUCCAUUUGGAACACAGAGAAUACCGAAAGCUCCGUCAGCCGAAAGACGUGCUGCUCAGAGAGACGGCUUGCGAAAUGGGAAAGAGAAUGAGCUGGAAAUUGGACGAGUCGGACGUAACGGAGAGCAGUUGACAUCAAGUGAUGACUCACAUGUUCGUGCUCUAUAUGGUAGUAGGGCUUCUCACAAUAGCGACGUGGUGCAAGACUCCUGUGAAGGUCCCCAUGGCUUCCGAUCAAGAAAAUGGCUCCAACAAGAAAUGGCAGGGUCUGCGAUGAUCGAGGAUGACGCUAGCACAAUUUCUCACGAGGAAGGGCAGAAAGCUAAAUUUGUCAAUACUUUCGACAUUGACGAUGUUGAUGAUGAUGAGUAUAACUCGGACGAUGGUCGGAAAAAUGAUUCUAUACGUCAGCGCCAUCCUGUCGAGAGGAUGACGUCCGCUAUGUCAAUUGAAGUAGAAGACACGCCUCGUUUCUUGCGCAUUCUGCCCGUCCACAUCCCCAAGUCUUUCAGCUUUAUGCGGUUUUACCAGAGUGCUCUUUAUGUCCGCUGGCCGAAAAUUAUUCUGGUGUUUGUGCUGUCAUUCCUCGUCAUUAACUUCAGCUUUGGACUACUGUACUGGUUUGACUCGGAUCAUAUGGCAGUUUACAACGACAUGGCGGUCUCGAAGUAUGAGCUGGCGUUCUACAUGAGCGUUCAUACACUGGCGACUAUCGGCUAUGGAUCAAUUGCACCAAUGCCCCACUCGGUCUACAUGAACGUCGUUGUAUUCAUCGAGUCAAUGAUCGGGAUUAUUACGGUGACAAUCAUUACUGGCAUUGCUUGGUCAAAGUUUGCUCGACCGCGAGCACACAUUCACUUCUCGUCAAAAAUGACCAUCUCGACCAUCUACGGACACCGGUGCCUUGUCUUUCGUGCUGCUAAUACACGACACUCCGGCGAGGUGCAUGAGAAUUUCUUCCGCAUUGGUGUGAUUCUCACAAACCGGCGCACAGGAUUACGUCAGAUGUACGACGUGCCGCUUCUUACAGCCGAAUGGCCGUCCAUUAAACUUCCAGUGACACUCAUUCACGUCAUUAAUGAAAACUCGCCAUUCCACAAAUUUCGCUCCAUGAAAGACUUGUCUCAGUCCCGCGUAGCAGUUAUCGCAUUGCUCACGGGCCUCGAUACAACCUUUUCGGAGAAUGUUUACGCACGCAAAAUGUACUUCUGGGAUGACUUUGUAUACGACAUGCGCUUUGACGACUGUGCUGUCAUUGAACGGGAUCGCGUUAAUGUAGACUACGAACGCUUUGAUCGACUCAUUCGGGAGGACCGAGACGAGCAGAUUGUCACGACGCCUGUGCUCUCAAAUGAGGACUGCAAAUGA